AAUACCAAUCUAGGGCACUGCCGCCGCCGUCGCGCCAUGGAGCAAUCUAAGUCGAUUUCGAUGUGCACCCCGAAUUCGGUGCAAGUCACCCACGUGUUCGACAUCUUCGGUUACAGCAAUCACAGGGGCAUGGGCAACGAGAAGUUCAUCAGGUCCGGUACUUUCUCCGUCGGCGGCCACGACUGGUCCAUCCGCUUCUACCCGGACGGGUACAGCACGGAUAAAGUCGAGAAGGAUUACAUCUCAGUUUAUCUCGAGCUCAUGAGCAAGGGAGCCAAGAGCACCGGAAUGUCGGCUUCGGUGCACAAGACAGAGCUGAGGACUUUUGAUCCAGCUGACCUCAGUAGGUUUGCUCCACAGACUAGUAAUUUCAAAAAGAGAGGGGAUGUUGAGUCUGCGUUCCUCGCGAACGAUCGCCUCACAAUCGAAUGCAUCGUCACUGUUAUCAAAGACCCACACGUGACCGAAUCCAAACCGUUCCCCAAAAUCGAGGUGCCAGUGCCACCCUCCGAUAUCGCCGAGCAUAUCGGCAAGCUUCUGGAAGACGACGAGGGAUUCGAUGUCACUUUCUGUGUUCGAAGAAAGACCAUCGGAGCUCACAGGUCCAUACUCGCCGCGCGAUCACCUGUCUUCAAAGCGGAGCUCUUUGGGCCGAUGAAGGAGGCGAGGACACCGCGGCGCGUUACCAUCAAAGACAUGCAACCUGGUGUUUUCAGUGCCCUCCUCCAUUUCAUAUAUACCGAUUCUUUGCCCGAUGGUGAUAAAAAUACUGAUAUGAUCCAGCAUUUACUGGUGGCUGCAGACAGAUAUGCCAUGGAGAGGCUCAAGCUGGCUUGCCAAAGUAUCCUUUGCGAGAAUCUGAACAUGGACACCGUGGCAACCACAUGGGCUUUGGCUGACCAGCAUAGCUGCGACAAGCUUAAGGAUGCUUGCCUUGAGUACAUCGCUUGUUCGAAUGCCAUGGAUGCUGUGGUGGAAACCCAAGGCUAUAAGAAUCUCAAAGUGGCUGACCCGUCUCUCAUAGUGGAUCUGUUGGAGAGGACAACAAAGGCUUGCUCAUCAUCAUAUAUAGGUUGA